AUGUCGUCCACCAUCGAGAGGAAAACGCUGGAAGCCAAUGAGGAGCCAGUAGACGAGGUACUGCAGAUGCCUCCUUCUCUGCUUACAUGUGGCGGCUGCCAGCAAAGCAUUGGCGACCGCUUUUUCCUGAAGGCCAUCGAGCAGUACUGGCACGAGGAUUGCCUUAGCUGCGACCUGUGUGGCUGUCGCCUCGGGGAAGUUGGUCGCCGGCUCUACUACAAGCUGGGAAGGAAAUUGUGUCGACGAGACUACCUAAGGCUUUUUGGUCAGGACGGCCUCUGCGCAUCCUGCGAGAAGAGGAUCCGAGCAUUCGAGAUGACCAUGCGCGUGCGGGACAAGGUGUAUCACCUAGAAUGCUUCAAGUGCGCUGCCUGCCAGAAGCACUUCUGCGUCGGCGACCGCUACCUGCUCAUCAACUCGGACAUUGUUUGCGAGCAGGACAUCUUUGAGUGGACCAAACUCAACAAUAGCAGUAUGGUAUAA